AUGGCACAACCUUAUAGAAUUCAAGACCGCAGAAGUGGCGAUAGAAUCUCACGAACGACAAGUUCUAAAAAUUCGGGUCAGAGCGACGUAAUUAGAUUCAGCGUUGAAGAAGCAGAAGAAACGUCGAUGAAUAGUAAUGAACCAGCACCUACGGUUGAGGAGAAUCAGCAUCCUCUAUUGAAUAACAGUGAAGAGCAAGUUCCACCCGAAAAUUCCAAUAACUCAUCUCAAAAUGUCACCCAGAAUGCGAUAAAACAUAUCUAUAUUAAUCUCGUGGAUGACAAUGAAGAGAACGAGGAAAAUGAAGGACAAACUGAAAUAAUAUACAUUUCAGAUGAGGAACUCGAUUAUAAUAAUGAGGAGGCGCCCGAUUAUGAUAAUAUAAAGCCAAAUGUCAAGCAGAAAUUCGCCGAAGAAUUCAUUUAUACGGCCAGAUAUAUCCUCAAACUGAAGAAGAACGCGAAUAUUCACCAUUACCACGUGAAGGAUUCACAACAGAUUUGGAUAAAGAUACGAUUGUGA